AUGACCAGCGGGAUACGGCGCGCAAUUUGUGAGCAGCUGCCACAACUGAAAAAUAUUUAUUAUGCAUUGGAAGUGCCUUCUAAAGCGCAGAACAGUUCCGCUACAAGACCACUGCUUCAGUGGAUUUUGCCGGCUGAUGUUGCACAACAUGAAAAUGAAUUGUUGGACUCUUUAAAAAGACAACAGUUUGAUACCACAUUUAUUGAAGAAGUUCGUGUGGUACCCCGAAAUGGUCGCAAUGCGGCCAAAGUGGAAUUCAAGAUUCAACCCGAUGCAUUUACAGAACAGCUUCUUCAGUCAGACACAGUCGCACCAAAGGCGUCAGCCUUUCAAGAGGAGCACGUUGUUGUCGAGUAUAGCUCGCCAAAUAUAGCAAAGCCCUUCCAUGUGGGACAUCUGCGAUCCACUAUCAUAGGUAAUGUGCUGGCAAAUCUUCAUCAGCAUUUGGGCUACCGUACGACGCGUCUCAACUAUCUGGGCGAUUGGGGCACCCAGUUUGGCUUGCUAGCACUUGGCGUCCAACUGGGGAAUAUUAGCGAUACCCAAAUGCGCGAGACACCAAUUGAAUCGCUAUACAACGCGUAUGUCAUGGCUAAUAAAGCUGCCGCAGAGGAUCCACAACUAGCUCAGCGAGCUCGUGAAUUGUUCACAGCGCUGGAAGCAGGCACAGAUCCAACUUUGUCCAGCGAAUGGCAGAAAUAUCGGCAAUACACCAUAGACGAGCUCACAGGCGUGUACGACCGUUUGGGAGUGCAUUUCGAUAGCUACGAGUGGGAAUCGCAGUACUCACAACGAGACAUCGGAGAUGUCCUCACACAGUUACGUUUAGCGGGGCUACUGCAAAGAGAGCACGAUGGUCGUGAGAUUGUUGUUGUGGAUGACCGUCGUGUGCCUGUCAUAAAGAGCGAUGGAUCUACCUUGUACCUGGCGCGUGAUAUUGCAGCACUGUUGGAACGCCAGAGGCGCCUGCAGUUCACGCGCAUGCUCUAUGUUGUCGAUAAUGGCCAGGCGGAUCAUUUCAAUGCCCUCUUUAGUACAGCAACAGCGCUGGACGCAAGCUUAAAGGAUAAACUGCAGCAUGUGAAGUUCGGGCGCAUUCUUGGCAUGAGCACCCGUCAGGGCAAAGCCGUAUUUCUCCGUGAUGUGCUCAACGAAGCGCGUGACGUGAUGAGGGAGAAGCGCUUUGCGAGCGCAACCACUAAAGCUAAUAGCACACUUAAUGAUGAACACGUUUGCGAUAUUCUGGGAGUGUCGGCUGUGCUUGUGAACGUGCUGAAGCAGCGCCGGCAGAGGGAUCAUGAGUUUAGCUGGCAGCAAGCACUUCAGGUUAAUGGCGAUACAGGCAUCAAGCUACAAUACACGCACUGCCGGCUGCACAAUCUUCUAGAGCGUUUCGGAGACAUUGAGCUGUCAGAAAUAAAGCCCAGCUGGAAGCAUUUAACUGAAGAGCCAUCAGAUGCGCUGGCUGUGCUUUACGAGCUGGCACGCUUCGACCAAUGUGUCUGGCAGGCCAAGGAGCAGUUGGAGGCUCAUAUAUUAGUCAACUAUCUGUUCGGCUUGUGCAAUGCAACGAGUCGCGCACUGAAACGGUUGCCCGUCAAGCAGGAGAAGUGUCCAGAUAAGCAAUCGCAACGUCUACUGCUCUUCCGUGCGGCCAAGCGAACGUUGCAGCAAGGCAUGCAACUGCUGGGUCUGAAGCCUCUAAACCAAAUGUAG